CAUGAGAGAAGUCACACGGGAGAAAAGCCAUAUUCAUGUUCAGAAUGUGGAAAAUGUUUUACACAAAAAUCAGAUCUUGUAAAACAUCAGAAAUUUCACACAGGAGAGAAGCCAUAUUUAUGUCCAGAAUGUGGGAAAUGUUUUAUACAAAAAUCAGCCCUUGUUAAUCAUCAGAGAUUUCACACAGGAGAGAAGCCAUAUUCAUGUUCAGAAUGUGGGAAAUGUUUUACACACAAAUCAGAUCUUGUUAAACAUGAGAGAAGUCACACAGGAGAGAAGCCAUAUUCAUGUUCAGAAUGUGGGAAAUGUUUUACACAGAAAUCUCAUCUUAUUACACAUCAGAGAAGUCACACAGGAGAAAAGUCAUAUUCAUGUUCAGAAUGUGGAAAAUGUUUUAGACAAAAAUCAGAUCUUGUUAAACAUCAGAGAUUUCACACAGGAGAGAAGCCAUAUUCAUGUUCAGAAUGUGGGAAAUGUUUUACACACAAAUCAGAUCUUGUUAAACAUGAGACCAGUCACACAGGAGAGAAGCCAUAUUUAUGUUCAGAAUGUGGGAAAUGUUUUACACAGAAAGCACAUCUUAUUACACAUGAGAGAAGCCACACAGGAGAGAAGCCAUAUUCAUGUUCAGAAUGUGAAAAAUGUUUUACACAGAAAGUACAUCUUAUUUCACAUAAGAGAAGCCACACAGGAGAGAAGCCAUAUUCAUGUUUAGAAUGUGGAAAAUGUUUUACACACAAAUCAGUCCUUGUUAAACAUCAUAGAUUUCACACAGGAGACAAACCAUAUUCAUGUUCAGAAUGUGGGAAAUGUUUUACACAGAAAUCAUAUCUUGUUACACAUGAGAGAAGUCACAUAGGAGAGAAGCCGUAUUCAUGUUCAGAAUGUGGGGAAUUUUUUAGAAGUAAAUCACAUCUUGUUAUUCAUGAGAGAAUUCAUACAGGAGACACACUAUAUUGAUGUUCAGAAUGUGGGAAAUGUUUUACACAAAAAUCAGGUCUCGUUAACCAUGAGAAAAGUCACAAAGGAGAGAAACCAUUUUUACAUAUUUUAACAUAUCAUCAAUUUAUUGAUGGACCUUAAACAGUCAAUAAGAAUAUUUUUAUUUUUGGUUACA